AUGGCUGAGUCAUCGCAAUACCAUGUCCGGGAGGCGUCUCCGGCCUCCAGCCCUAGAGUGAAGCCCGCACCGAAGUCGACUGUGAUUCGAACGCCCUUCUCGUACUCUCCAAGCGACGACGGAACGGACGAAACCCUCUUGAUCUUGCUUCAUGGACUCGGCGACACCCAUGUACCUUUCAGUAAACUAGGGCGUUCGCUCAAGCUUCCACAAACGGCCACACUCGCUCUCAGGGCUCCGGAUAAAAUCCCGUUCCUGUACGAGGAGGCAUACCAGUGGUACACGUCCUUCGACGGUAUCGGUGAUCUUAUCGAGAACCCUAAUCCAACGCCGGCCUUAGACUUGCUGUCGAAGGUUCUCGCUCAUCUCACACAGGAUUGUGCUUGGCCCGCGGACCGCAUACAUCUCUUUGGCUUCGCUCAAGGAGGUACUGUCGCUGUCGAGAGCGCGUUGAAGUGGUGGCGCGCGCAGCCGCAGACAGCCGGGUCAGGUCAGGCGUUGGCAUCAGUAGUGACCGUGGCCGGCCCUCUGCUGUCAUAUCCAAACACGCUAUCACGCCCGUGUCCUACGUCACUAUUUGUCUUCGCGAGACCGCCGCCAGCCGAAGGUGCGAUGCCGAACAAUAGCAUGGCGGCCUUCAAGAAGGGCUUUACAGACGUCCGCGACGUGAGUAUGCGGGGUGAGGGAAUGCCAAGGUCGCGAGAGGAAUGGGAGCCGAUCAUGCGUUUCUGGAGCGAGCACUUACAGCGAAGACAGGUGGAUGGGUUGUACGAAGUGAUGAGCGGAAUGAACCCGGUUUCAGCAUAG